AUUGGAAAUAGCGUAUUCGGACAGAUGGAAUCUUUUUUUCGUUUUUUACUUCCACGUUGUCAAAUUACGAGCUUUGUGGCGUUGUUUUCAACAUUUAGCAUUUAGUAGCUUUGCCUCUUCGGCUUUAAUACUAUUUGCCGUUACCAGCCACGGGCGUUACUGCAUGUAGCCCACAGGGCGUGAAUGUCUUAGUUGCAAGCGAAUACAACAGUACCAUGGUUACAGAUUAGACGACAAGAAAAAUUAGAAAGAAAAUAGGAAACAAUAAUAAUGAUGAGGCUGUAAAAUAGUAGAUAAAUACCACUUAUGUUUAUGAGUAUCGAUUAUAAUAGAGUACAGUGUAGAUUUGAAGCUGUGCCUCCGUCCUGAUAGCAAUACUCCUUCGUCGACAGUCCUGCAUAUAUAUACUCAGUUACUCUACGCUAUCACCACUUUUUAUAGCUAUUCCAUCUCAUCCUAGCCACGGAGGUAAUACUAUUCGGGGCAUCGAAAUACAGCCUCUGCUUUCACAGUGCUCAAGAUGCGCGUUGCCACGUUACCGCAAACACCGACCUGCCAGCUGCCAGCUGGCAGAUGUGGUCAAGUAAACAAAACACGUAGUCGAGUGAUUAAAUGACUGGAUGCAACAGUUUAAUGUUUAGAAUAAUCCCAUUAACAUCACUGGCAUCACCACUUGGACUUACGUCAAUCAUGUCUACCGCUUCACAAGCCUCAGUCUCCAGCCCGCCUUCAACAAUGUCUCCCGAUCCAGAAGUUGUUGCUCGGGCCUGCAUGGCUGAUCUAGGCCGGCUUCGACAAGAAGAGCUUCCUCUAAGUGACCGAACGAAGCACGGUCCUUCAUUUGUACCCAGCAAGUUCAACGAUGCCAAACGAUACGGCAAGAAGAUCAAACGGGCACUGAACCGCCAGUGGUCAGGUAAGGUCUUAUCUCUCAUUUACAUUCAUUGUAAUAAUUAAAUCUGACAAUCUCAGUCGCAAUUGAUGAUGAGGAAGCCAGACAGAUGGAUGGCCUGGAGAUUGAAGACGCUCGGCCCUGGGAUCGCCGCCCCGGAAUGGAAAAGAAGAAACAAGACAUCUAUGCCGCCAAAUCAGAUCCACCUAAGCCGUCCGACGAAGCACCAGCCACUCAACAAGGAACCAAGCAAACCACCACUCCAACAGCACCAGCUGACAAAACUGAUACCCCAGAGACAACUGUACAAAUAACAAAUCCUACAUCUCAAGAUACUAGCCCUUUUUCAAAGGUCGUCUUCCAAACCGUCUGUCGCAUGGCCAUCACGUUUCCAGAAGUGGUGCCACCAGUCACUGCAGAAGUCACAGCAACAAUUCACAGCGACACCAAUACCGCCGAUAUAGUGAUGCGCGAUCCUGUAAUCAAGAAUUCAGUCUUUCUUGUACUGGACUUUCGCGACUUGGAAGAACCCGUCGUAGCCUCUGCGUCCAUCUGCAAGUUGACGUGCAAAAGCAACAGGGCCAACUCCGUCAUCCUGCUAUCUUCAGAUGAUCCAAAGACCAUUCAGUCCCUCUUCACCGUCAUACUGAAACUACAUAGCAUUGUUUCCAAGUUCAAUGCGCACAGCAUGUUUUCUUCAUCUAUUCGAAAACGGCAAGACUUCCAGUCUCAACCCGUGUCUACCCCAACAGCCUCGAUUGCUUCGCCCGCGGUCAAAGCGGCACCUGAACAGGACAGCACACCCAAAGAAAUCAAACCGCCCUUUGAUCCCUCUGUUGAAUGCGCGCCUACGCCGCUAGGGGACUUGUUAAACCUUGAUGAAGCACCCACGGGUCCAUCCGCUCCAGGCCUAACACUCGACGCCGCCAUUGAUGCAGUCGGGAAGCUGUAUACAUCGAUACUCUCUGACUAUUCUAUUGUAUCUAUCAAGCAACCAUUGGAUAGAAAGGAGUUACGCCUCCUAGCGCUGGACCAGUGGCUCGCCAAAGGCGUCAUCUCUGACGAGACCGACGACGUUGUGAAUGAUCUGGCUUGCAUACUAGACGCUACGAUCAGACUCAAGACCAGAGUUUCACCAUCUUCUACCGCUGGACUCAAAUCCCAGUCUUUCGACAGCACUUCCACUGCAAAGGCUUCCAACGGGAUCAAGUACAGUUUAGAUGACCUUCGUGGCCUGCGUAUCCCCUAUACCGGGCCCACGAGCACAUCUCAAUCACCCGUCUUGUCUGCAACCACUGAAACGAACGAACCUCAGGCGAAUGGUCAAUGUCCCAAGAUGGCCGAAUUAGAGAUUGGUUUUGGUCAGCUCCAUAUUGAUCCUUCUGAGAAGGAGCCGCUUCGCAAACCCGCCGACCGAAAGCAACAGAGCAAGGGUCUGGCAUCGUCUCAAUGGGCAUAG